AUGUAAUCACCUACAUCGUCUAUAAAUAAAUUACGAAACUCUCUUACCAGCUUUUAUGUUAAAAGCAGUUGCUCCAACAAAACAUCACCAAUCAAAGAGGAUCCUACAAUACUCCAAAAUCUUUUGAGAAUGUAACAGAAGGAAAUCGACAGAUUGGAACAUCAGAAUAAGAAUCUUUAAGUCCUCACAUAGCAUUAAUGUUCCAUGCUUUAUCAAGAGAGAACGCUGCGUACAAACUCUACGAAGUUGUAAAUGCAUUCAGAAUUACCAUAAUAAUUACCCAAUGCUAGGAAUGCAAGAAGAUCAACUAUAAAGAAUGUAUUAUAAGCCAUGAAACCACCGCCUCGUAAGAUUGUAGUCUCUAAUAAACUCUCAAUGACUAACAACGAAUGUUUUAAGCUAAGUUCAAUUCUAGAAGCCACUAAUUAGCAAGCCAAAUAAUUAUACCACGAUGAUAGCAGCAUAUAACUAGUCAAAGAGAUCCUAAAAGAUGAGGACUCCUUUAUUGAUAUUAUUACAACAUAUCCUCCUUAAUAAGUUUCAAUAAUGUACGACAAAAUUAAGAAAUUGAUCAACGAACAUGAAUAGAUGUUUGAAAUGAUCUUAAAGUUCAAAUAAAUCAUUGACAACUCUUUUAGCCUAUAAAAUAUUAAGUUACAAUUAGAAGCACUCAAUCAGUUGAGCUAAUAAUGCAAGAACAUCUUGGAAUGCAAAAAUGCCUAGAUCAUUACUCAUACUGACGAGACAAGCAAAUCAUAUAUACAACACGUCUAUAACAAUAAGUAAAUCCUUAAUUUGAAGAAUGCCAAAUUCGAUGAACGAUUUAAAAAUGAGAAUUUCAAUCAAUUAUUAGCUGCUCCGAUUCUAGACAACAACAGAUGUCUAGGAGUUAUUGUUUGCUAAGAUAAAUCUAUUAAUUUUAGCGAUGAAGAUGAAAUUUUGAUCUAAUACAUAUGCAGACAGGCUCAAUAUAUACUAAAUAAUUAAGUAUCCAAUAAUAAGAUAGAAAUUCAACUUCAGAAGUAUCAACACACUCUCAAAAGCUUACUAUUGUUGUCAUAAAUAGAUGAUUUAAAUACUAAAUUACACUUCUCAGAAUAGAGACUUUGUGAAAUUAUGAACAGCAGUGAAUGCAAGAUUAUCUUACUUUAAUAGGAAGGCGAACUACAAAAGAGUAUCAUUUGGGAGGCUAUUCAUAACAAUCAGACUCUAUUUAUUAACAAUUGUUACAAUCACGAAAACUUCUAACCAAAAAUAGACAUUAAUACUCAAUUGCCAAUCAUUGCCACUCCAAUAAAAUAUCAAAAUAAAAUUAUUGGAGGACUGGAGUUCAUUUUAUAUAAUAAAUAAAUUUCAUCAUUGGAUUAAGAAGUUUUAGAUUUGUUUAUAUAAAUUUUGGGAAUAAACUUUUAUCAUUUCACAAACAAUUAAUUUUGA